AGUUUGAGAAUCGAGAUGUCAGGGAAAUGAGACGGGGCUGGCCCAGAUCCCAGGGAAGUGGCUUCCACAUGGCUGAACAGAGAGCUCCAAGCAGGAGCUCACAAAGCAGGGCUUUGAUGCUGGCCCCGCAGGCCGGGCCUCUCCCCUCUCCCUCAGGGUGCUUCGCUUGCUUCAUUCUGGGCCUCCUGUGAGCCGGACUGAAUGGGAAACGGUGGGCCUGAGAAGUUCCUUGUGACACACUAAUCCCAGCUUGCUGACCUGACCACACCCCCAAAGGAAGCAGCCUCCCGAGCUCCAGAACAAUUCAGGCACCCAGUAGCCCCAAGAAAGAGCUGUCAGGGACGGUCAAGACUCGGGUGAAAUCACACAACUUGCAAGUGUGAGAGACAGGAUUGGAAUCCAGGUCCCAUAUCCUGCUGCCCCAAGCUGCUUCUUGGUGUCUACAGAAGUCACAACUUAGUGUCUUCAAGAGGCAGUAUGUCAGACGGGGUGGGCACAUUCCGCAUGGUCCCUGAAGAGGAGCAGGAGCUCCGAGCACAGCUGGAGCAGCUCACAACCAAGGAUCAUGGUCCUGUCUUUGGCCCAUGCAGCCAGCUGCCCCGCCACACUUUGCAGAAGGCCAAGGAUGAGCUGAAUGAAAAGGAGGAGACCCGGGAGGAAGCGGUGAGGGAGCUACAGGAGCUGAUACAGGCACAGGCGGCUUCUGGCGAGGAAUUGGCCCUGGCAGUGGCUGAGAGGGUGCAGGCAAGAGACAGCGCCUUCCUCCUGCGCUUCAUCCGUGCCCGCAAGUUUGAUGUGGGUCGUGCUUAUGAGCUGCUCAAAGGCUAUGUGAACUUCCGCCUCCAGUACCCUGAACUCUUUGAUAGCCUCUCCAUGGAGGCUCUCCGCUGCACUAUCGAGGCCGGAUACCCUGGUGUCCUUUCCAGUCGGGACAAGUAUGGUCGAGUGGUUAUGCUCUUCAACAUCGAAAACUGGCACUGUGAAGAAGUGACCUUUGAUGAGAUCUUACAGGCAUAUUGUUUCAUUUUGGAGAAACUGCUGGAGAAUGAGGAGACCCAAAUCAACGGCUUCUGUAUUGUUGAGAACUUCAAGGGCUUCACCAUGCAGCAGGCAGCAGGGCUCCGCCCCUCAGAUCUCAAGAAGAUGGUGGACAUGCUCCAGGAUUCAUUCCCAGCCAGGUUCAAAGCUAUCCACUUCAUCCACCAGCCAUGGUACUUCACCACCACCUAUAAUGUGGUCAAGCCCUUCUUGAAGAACAAGCUGCUACAGAGGGUCUUUGUUCACGGAGAUGACCUGGAUGGCUUCUUCCAGGAGAUUGAUGAGAACAUCUUGCCUGCUGACUUCGGGGGUACACUGCCCAAGUAUGACGGCAAAGUUGUUGCUGAGCAGCUCUUUGGUCCCCGGGCUGAAGUUGAGAACACAGCCUUAUGAGGAGAUGCCCUGCCAUGGGAUCCGUAUUAGCAUCCCAGUCCUUCGUCAGCUUUCCUGAACCCAAGUCUGGGGACAGGAAUGCCUGAAGUGACUGGUUUCCCAGAUUUCCCUAGGUUUAGGAACACUCUAGUGGCACCUCAUCCCAAACCGACCUAGAAGGCAGUGAGGCAGGGGAAUGCCUUUCAUCAGGAGAUAUGUGGGGCAGUUAAAUUCCCACCUGCCUCUGCAGUUACAGGGCAGUGACUCUGAGAGAAGUUGGAUUUCAAAGACUAAUUAGGCUUCUCCGUGAUUUCCUUUGUAAUCGCCUUGAUACUUAGGGCAUGGAAGGCGGAGUUAAAGGCAUACUUGCAAUUCAGUAAAAAGAAGAAAGAGAGGGGCUUGAAGCUCUGAUGAUCACAGUAGGCAGAUAAGGGGUUUCCCACCCAGGAUUCCAGGGAGGGGCCAGCAACUUUAGCACAGUUGCAUUUGGGGCUGACCUGCUGAUGAAUACUCUAGUAGCUAAGAGCUCUGGACUCUGUCCAGGGUGGAGGUCAUGUCCCUUCCUCUCCAUCCAUCUUAGAUGUGAUCCUUGGUGCUGGGGCCCCCAUUCACUAGAUGCUAUAGGCUUUGUUGUAUGGUUUUACUUAAAUGUACCUUUGACAUCUUGCCUGAACACUCUCAGUUCUUAUUAGACAAAUAAAAUCGUUCUUUGUCUUGUGUCA